UUAACGGGCGCGCCUCGCGCUAGCUCCGCCCUCCCGGUCCGUGGCGUCAUCACCGCGCGUCCGGUUUCGCCCCGCCCCCGCUGCGGGAGGGGACGUCGGCCGCGGGCAGGAGUCGGGGAGCGGGGCCCGGGGGGGAAGCACCAUGGCCGGGGUGGGCUUCGAGGAGUUCUCGGUGCCCCCGGGCUCGGAGCUGGCGCUGCCCCCGCUCUUCGGGGGGAACAUCCUGGAGAGCGAGCUGGAGACGGAGGUGGAGUUCGUGGACGGGGGGCUGAGCGGGGACAACCUGCAGGACGAGGAGGAGGAGGAGAGCCAGCAGCGGCAGCGGGAGCUGGGCCGCCGGAAGAUUCAGGCGCUGGGCCGGCGCUGCAAGGAGAUCGAGCAGGUCAACGAGAGGGUGUUGAACCGACUCCACCACGUGCAGAAGAUCACGCGGCGGCUCAAGCAGGAGAGGAGAUUCCUUAUGAGGGUCCUGGAUUCCUACGGGGAUGACUACAGACAGAGCCAGCUCACCAUUGUCCUAGAGGACGAAGGCAGCCCCAGUCCAGAAGCCCCCACCCCAGGCAAUACUGAGAACGAACCUCCAGAGAAGGAGACCCCCCGACGCUUCCCUGGUCUCCCACCGGCCGGCCCAGAGCCCAAGAGCCCAUCCCAGGCGGAAACCCCCACUGGAAAGAAACGUCGCCGGCACGGGCGUGAGGACAAGGAGCAGAGGGGCAGGCGGCUGGCCCCUGCCCUCCUCCCCAUGGAUGACUUCCCUGCACAGCUCAAAGAAGAGGACGAGUUCCCCUGUGACCAGGAUGCCGUACUGAGCUCCAGCUGGCCCCUGCACCGGCCCCGGGACAAGCUCCUCCAUUACCCCAAGUUCUCCAGCCCUGGGGCCUGCGCUGAUUUCGACUGAACCCUCCUGAAACUGACCAGGCCCCUCGCUCCGGCCCUCAAGGGGUUAAACCAGGAGGGGUGUGGCCCUUCCCUGUGGACUGGAGAGUUAACCCCGUGUACACCAGUCCCUAAGCAGGGACAGGGUGGGGAGCCCCCAGCUGGCUGGGAGAGGGUGGGUAAAACUCCUGCCGGAAUCUUUCAGGCUUAAAAGCCCCGUGCAGCAGGGCAGCUCACGUGACAGGGAAAUAAAGAGAUGCUGGCCUGGGCCACAGCGCACAACCAGAGCGAACUCUGCUGUACCGA